AGGACUCCCCCCACACACGUUGAUCCAUUCAUCCAUUUCUUCACUCAAUCCGCAUCCAUUCCGUUGUGUUCGAGGAGAGCUUCUCUCGGAAAAUGGGCAGAAUUUCUUCUCCACACUGUAGCCAGGGCCGUUCCGACGCGGCGGCGGGCGGCGGCGGAGCCGGAGCCGCCGAGAUCAUGUUGUUCGGAGUGAGAGUCAACGUUGAUCCGAUGAGGAAAAGCGUCAGUAUGAACAAUCUCUCUGAUUACGAGCCUGCUGAUAGCAAAAUCGAUCCGACCAAUCUCGCUGCGGAGAUUCCGAAAAGCGUUGCGCCGGAAGAAGGAAUCGGCGCCAGCGCCGGCGGUGGUGGUGGUGGAUACGCCUCCGCGGAUGACGCCGCCUUGCCGCAGGCGUCGAACGGUAGCCGCGAGCGGAAACGAGGAGUUCCAUGGACCGAGGAAGAACACAAAUUGUUCCUAAUCGGAUUACAGAAGGUUGGAAGGGGUGAUUGGAGAGGAAUCUCCCGGAACUAUGUUAAGACUAGAACGCCAACACAAGUUGCUAGUCAUGCCCAGAAAUACUUCCUCCGCCGGAGCAAUCUGACUCGCCGGCGCCGCCGUACAAGCCUCUUUGACAUCACCACUGAUUCGGUCACUGCUGUCUCUAUUGAAGAGAACAAGAACCAUCAAGAGAGCAUGACCCACCCCAUAGUGUCCCAACCCACACACCCUCUACCUGUCGGCGGAUUCCCGAUCACACCUUUCUGUGCUCCGGGCGCACCCGUUUUAUUCUCAAUGCAAGGCGGGAAUUCGAUGGAUAAUUCAAGAGUUCUUCCCCCGGCCCCGAUUCUACCCACAAUUCCAACAUCCUCACCAAUGCUGGAUCUCAACCUAAACCUCGGAUCAACCGGUCAAAACCGAUCGUCGUCGACAGCUUUCUUUGGCUUGAAAAAUGGAGGUAACAGCAUAAGUGUUGCUUGAGGAAAAUGAAAUAAAAAUGAAGAAGAAAAAAAAGUUAAGUAUUAAUUAAAAGGUAAGUAGGAAAAGAACAUGAUCCAUGUAAUAAUAAUACUUUGGAAUGGGUGAAUCAUUUGAAGAAGACAUAGAGAUUCUAGCAGAUAAUUAAUACUGUUUUUUUGGGUAGAAAAAAACCAAUGUUUUUUUUUUUUUUUCCAUUGUACAGACCUGAGUAAAAACUACCUCAUGUUUGUAUUUGUGUUGGUUUCUUGGCUGCCUUUGUUUGGUGUUUGUUUAUGAUUAUAGUUUUUUUUCUUGUUUGAUU